UAGUUUAAUUUUCGGUAUGUAAUUUUUUUUUUGAACGAGUAAAUAUUUUUUGUUAAUCCUUUCGGAUUGUUGUUCCCUGGAUUUUUAUUUCUGGAAUGUAUGUAGCAAUUGCAUUUCAUAAUCAAGGUUUUGGAAAUAAGUAAUUCAUCAGAUUCCUGAGAUUAAAUUCCAGAAGUGAGUGAUUAAUUUGAUUUCGUAAAUAAGUUUGCAGACUAAAAAAAUGACUUCUGAAAUCUAAAAUUUCCAGAAUAUGCUGACAUAAUACCAACCAUAUUUAAAUUUUGUUAUGAGUUUGUCACUAAAGUUUGAGAUUGAUGUUUUGUCACACAGAUUUGAUGUAAUUAGGAUGAUAGCACUAAAAGCCAAAAUCUGUGAGAUUGCACUCCCAGAUAUCAUACCAAUGUCUCCUUCUAAGGUAAAAACAAGGGGUAAAAUAAAGGGUGUUGCGCGAAGAUCUACCAAACAUGACUCUUCAAUUUUAGAAAAUUUCAGUGCUUCUAUGAAUUCAGUUCGUAAUAGCAUCUCCAUUGUUUCUUCAACCAAUGAUCCGACCAAAGCACCUAAACACACCAAGGAUAAAUCAACCAAGGUUAUCCCAUACAUUGAUCAAUUUCCUUCAGAGAUGCGUUGUUAUAUUGAUGACAUCGUUGAUGUCAUCUCAGAUGGGAAUUGUGGAUACCGAGCUGUUGCAGCAUCGUUGGGUAUGGGUCAAGAAAAUUGGGCUCAAGUUCGAAUUCAUAUGAUCAAUGAGCUUCAACAAUUUCAGGGAGAUUAUGUAUCACUUUUUGGAUCCAUUGAUCGGGUCAAGCAUCUAAUUGAUGCACUCAACAUCACUACUGGAAAGUUUGUGACUAAAGAAAAAUGGAUGACUAUUCCAGAUAUGGGUUUGUGGGACACGUAAACAAAUGUCACUUUGUGCAGGUUCAUUUAAAGAAUGAUCAUCUUAUGCCCCCUAUUGCCUUACAAUGGCGCACUCACUGUCAUGCUGAUGCUCUUUCUUGGGAGUUACCAUAUUUGAGACGCAUACAACAAUUUGAGAUGGAAAUAGCAAAACAACAAUCUAAGUCAAGUGUUUAUAUAGACAUUUUAGACGAUUGAAUUGAACUAUUAUAAGUUCAUCUAUGUAAGAUUUGUCUUGCUCUUUUUUAAUGAUGUUUUGAGCUUAUUAAGAAUGGUAGUUUCUCAUUGCCUUUCACUUAAUCUAUAUAUGAUUUUGCUUUAU